GGUAAUUUAUUUUUAAGGAUCUAUUUCUAGAUGCAAAGUAGAAAUGUAAAGUUAAAUUUGAAAAAAUUGAACAAAAUACUACAAUAGUUCAGAAAAAAUUAAUGUGAGUUAUCAAAAUAAAAAUAUGAAGCGUUAAAGUUAGCUAUUUAAAAAUGAUGUCUGACCCAGAUCGUAUGGGAGAAAAUAAAGGACCUCCUUCAAAGCGACCAAGAGCUGAUUCACCACUGGAAACUCCAAUUGCAGAUCAUUCAGGAGGAUUUUCAUAUGAAAAUAUUCUCAAUGAUUUGCCAGAUGAUGUUAUCAUUAAUAAUAGUAGCAACGAGAAUUCUUUAUCAAAUGGGAACGAUCUUUUAAGUAGUUUGGAGUCUUAUGAUAUUAACAAUUCCAAUGAGAACCUUAUUUCAAAUGGUCCAACAUCAUUACAAGCAAAUAUGGAGAAGGGCGGUCUCCAUAGUCUUCCAUCUGGAAUUCAAAUGAAUGUUUCUAAGGCUUUAGGAAUGUUAAGUCCCCAACCUGGAAUGAAUAUUUACUCACAAAUUAUGCCGCCACAAGGACCAGUGAGUACUAGUGCCAUGCCAACACCAGCUACUCCUAUGCUAAAUCCAGCAUCAAUGAGGUCUGGAAAUAUGAUGCAGGCAAAUGUUCCAAUGUCUAGCACUUCUAACUCAAUAAUGAAUUCUAUUUCUCCUCAGUCUUCCUACACCAGUAAUCCAAUGCAGAAUACUAUGAUGCAAAACAAUACUCCUAUUAGUUUAAUGCAAGCUAUGUCAACUAACUCUAUUUAUAAUAAUCAAAUAAGUAUGUCAAAUUCAAUGGCAUCAAACAUGAACUUGAUGAACAUGAAUCAAAAUUUCAUGAAUCAAGGAUUUACAAACAAUAUGCACAUGAUGCAAAAUAAUAGAUUGUAUCAAAAUAAUUUGGCAUCUGCUGGAUUCAGAAUGGGCAUGAAUCCUAAGAUGCCUUCUAUACAAAACAAUUUUAAUCCUAUGGGUCAAAUGAUAAAUAGUCCAAUGAACAACAUGGUUAUGCCAGAAAAUAGUUGUCAGGACACAAUGAUGAUGACAAAUAAUAUGGGAAAUUCUGGAAUGUUACCUAUGCAAAGGAUGCAUUCUCAAAUGCGUUUCGAAAUGAAUGCAAAUAUGAAUGUCAUGGCUAAUAACCUACUUAAUGGUCCAGGAUUUCAACCAGGUAUUCCUAAUAUGAGUGGAAAUUCAAUGGUAUUAAAUAUGAAUCGACCUCAGCUAAAUCCAAAUAUUCUGGAUGUACAAAUGCAAAGAAUGGCACCAAUGAAUGCUAAUGAUCCAUCAAUGCAAAUGAAUCAACCUUUAAAUCAACAACAAAUGCAGCAACCGGGAAAUCCCAAUGCACCAGUUUCUACUACGGCUGAUCCGGAGAAGAAGCGGUUAAUUCAGCAACAAUUAGUUUUGUUGUUGCAUGCUCAUAAAUGUCAGCGGAGAGAGCAACAAGCUCCUAAUGGUGAAUACAAGCCUUGUGACUUGCCACAUUGUAGAACAAUGAAAAGUGUGUUGAACCACAUGACUGUUUGCAAGGCAGGCAAAGAUUGUCAAGUUGCACACUGUGCCUCAUCGCGUCAAAUCAUCUCUCAUUGGAAGUUCUGUAAUCGGACAGAUUGCCCAGUUUGUCUACCAUUAAAAAAUGGACCUACUAGUAGAAGGCUGGGUGGAAAUGAGCCAAGAGAUUCUAACAACGACAAUGUAAAUCGUGGAAAUAUACCCCCAGGAACACAGACUAAUCCAUCUUCAACUAAUGAAGACAGAGAAGCCUGGCAUAAAUCAGUUACACAAAGUCAACGCAAUCAUCUUGUAGAGAGACUAGUGUCAGCUAUUAUACCAAAAGCUAGAAAUGAUCCUAUGACUAUGAAAAAUAAACAAAUGGAAAAUCUUGUGCUCUAUGCACAAAAAGUAGAAGAUGAUAUGUACAGCACAGCAGCAAGCAAGGAAGAUUAUUUUCAUCUAUUGGCCGAAAAAAUAUAUAAAAUCCAAAAAGACCUUGAAGAAAAACGUAUGGAAAGGUUACGAAAAAACAGUUCAAAUAUGAUUAACCCCCAACAAGCACAAAAUCAAAUAAAUGGACCUAAUAAUAUGAUGAACCCUGCAAAUAUUAGUUUGCAACCUGUUUCAAAUAUGAAUGUUCAGGUGUCUACAAACCUCAAUAUGGCAUUUCAACAGCAACCUCCGUCAAAUGGACCUCAAAAUCUUAUUCAAAAUAAUGUCAAUGUAUCAGAUUAUCUUAGUAAUAAUGGAAAUAUGACAAAUGGUAUGAACUCAUUUGAUUUUUUUCAACAACCUAAUAUUCAGUCUUUACAACACAUAAACAAUCAGCCUAGUUCUAUGAUGUCCAAUAUGAAUCCAAAAGGAAUGCAAAGGAGUAUGAAUGCGAUGGGUCAACGUCAGCGCGCAAAUCUUUCUUCGUUUCAAAAUGCAGCACUGAGCAACCAGCAAAUGCAAGCAAUGCAACAGCAGAUUCCUCAACAGCAAUUAUUUUAUCAACAAAAUCUUCAACUGCAACAACAAAUGAAUUUACUCCAACAAAAAAACCAAAUGUUGCCUCAACAACAGCAACAGAUACUUCAAAAUACUUUGACACCUCCUCCUUCAGCACUAGGAUCGAACCAAGUAAAGAUGGAAAUUAGUGGUAGUCCUCAGCUUCAACCUCAACAAUCGUCAAAUAAUCAAAAUCUUUUGAUAAGUAAUUGUGGUGAUGCUUCACCUAAUGUACGAACUAUUAAAAAAGAAGUAAGUUUUGAUAACAGCCCUAUGAAUGUAAAAAUUGAAAAUAUUUCAUCGCCAAUGAAUGUUGAGACAGAAAAUGUAGCAACAUCUAUCUCUGAAAUUAAGCCUGUUAUCAAGACAGAACUUUCCACUACUCCUUGUCCAAUUGGACAAAAACCUUCUCAACAAGUAGCAUCAAAUACCAAUCCUGUAGCUUUAGUUAAACAAGAAGCUUUACCCAGUCCUUCAUCAACAACUCCUGAUGAACGUACUAAAUCACAUAAAGUUUGGACUGUUGAAGAGCUAACAGAAAAUUUGCUUCCACUGUUCGAUAAAGUUUAUAACAUUCAACCUGAAUCUGGGCCUUUCCGAAAACCAGUCAACCCAGAGAUUCUUCAUAUACCUGAUUAUUUCACUAUUGUCAAAAAUCCAAUGGACUUAUCUUCAAUUAAAAAGAAGUUAGAAGAAGGUGGUUACAAAGAUCCCUGGGGUUUUUGUGAUGACAUGAGGUUAAUGUUUGAAAAUGCUUGGCUAUACAAUAAAAAGACAACUAAAGUUUUUCGUUAUUGUACCAAACUUUCAGAAACAUUUGAAGCAGACAUUGAACCAAUUAUGAAAAAACUUGGAUAUUGUUGUGGAAGAAAGUAUGUUUUUAACCCACAAGUCUUAUAUUGUUAUGGAAAAAAUCUUUGUUCAAUUCCAAGAGAUACCCCUUAUUAUUCAUAUCAAAACAGGUAUCACUAUUGUGAAAGAUGUUUUAAAGAAUUUGAAGGAGAAUCUAUUGAUUUAGGCGAAGAUUCAGGUUUAAGGACAAGCAUUAUUAAUAAAAAUGAAUUUGAAAAGUUGAAAAAUGAUCACUUGGAUUUGGAACCAUUUGUAACUUGUGUUGAAUGCGGUAGAAAAAUGCAUCAAGUAUGUGUUCUUCACUUGGACAUCAUAUAUGAAAAUGGUUAUAUUUGCCCAACUUGUCGAGAAGAAAAAAAACUUGGAAACAGAGUAGAAAACCGCUACAGUGCGCGCAAUUUGCCGCAAUCUAAAUUGGCUGAGCAUAUAGAGAAUCGUGUAAACAACUUUUUAAAAACUCAAGUUACUGAUGAGUCACCUGGUUACAUUCAUAUCCGCAUAGUCAGUAGUGUUGAAAAGGUUGUUGAAGUUCGACAAGGAAUGAGAUCCAGAUAUGGUAAUGAAUUUCCAGAAAAAUUUCCAUACCGAGCACGAGCAUUGUUUGCUUUUGAAGAAAUAGAUGGUGUUGAUGUUUGCUUUUUUGGUAUGCAUACACAGGAGUUUGGUUCUGACUGCCCUGAGCCAAAUAGAAAUCGUAUUUACUUGUCUUAUUUAGACAGUGUUCAUUUUUUUCGCCCACCUCAUUUACGCACAAGUGUGUACCAUGAAAUCUUAAUUGGGUACUUCGAUUUUUGCAAAAAUAGGGGAUUUCAUUAUGGUCAUAUAUGGUCCUGUCCUCCUAGUGAAGGUGAUGACUACAUAUUUCAUUGUCAUCCAGUAGAACAAAAAAUUCCAAAACACAAACGUCUUGUUGAGUGGUACAAAGUCAUGUUAAAUAAAGCAUGUGAAGAUGGUGUAAUGGCUGGCUAUAAGGAUAUGUUUACUCAAGCAAUCGAAGAUGAAAUUACCUCACCUACUCAAAUACCUUAUUUUGAAGGAGACUAUUGGCCUAAUGCUAUUGAAGAGAGUAUUCGUGAAAUUAGCCAAGAAGAAGAAGAGCGACGUAAAACAGAAGCUAUGCAGGCUGCUGCACAGUUGGGUACUGAUAAUUGUGAAGAAAAUGCUGUUUAUGAAAUGCAGGUAGCAUUAUCCACUGGUAAAAAAGCUAAAGGUAGUAACAAAAGAGCUAAUAAAAAAACUAGUAAAAAAAGUAAACUAAAUAAAACACCAGCUAAAAAAACAGUACCUAAUGCCAUGGGUGCAUCUGAAUUAUCUCAAAGAGUUUUUACUACAAUGGAAAAGUUCAAAGAGAUUUUCUUUGUUCUGCAUCUUCACAGCCCUGCAAAUAUGCCCACAAAAAAAAUUGAAGAUCCUGAUCCUGUUAUGUCUUGUGAUAUAAUGGAUGGUCGAGAUGCUUUUCUGACUUUAUCAAGAGAGAGGCAUUGGGAAUUCUCAACUCUUCGCAGGGCAAAGUUUUCUACUCUGGCUAUGCUUGUAGAGCUCCAUAAUCAAGGCUCUGAUCGCUUUGUUUACAGUUGUAAUUUAUGUAAAGGACAGAUUAUUAAUCGAUAUCAUUGUACUGUUUGUGAGGAUUAUGAUUUAUGUAUUGAAUGCUAUAAUCAAAAAGGCCACGAACAUAAAAUGGAAAAACUUGGAUUAGAUAUUGAAAGUGAGACACCGAAUCUCACAAAAACUCCUAGUAGUGCACAAGAAGCUCGCCGACAGUCUAUUGAGUUAUGUAUAAAAUCUCUUGAGCAUGCAACAGAUUGUUUGGAUAAAAAUUGUAAAUCGUCAAGCUGCGUAAAAAUGAAAAAAGUUGUUUCACAUGCUAAAAGUUGUAAGCGGAAAACUAAUCAUGGUUGUCCGAUUUGCAAACAGCUUAUUGCACUUUGUUGUUAUCAUGCAAAAUCAUGCAAGAAACCCCAAUGUACAGUACCAUAUUGUCAGCAUAUUAAAGCUAAGAUGAAACAACAGCAGCUUCAGCAAAAAGUCCACCAACAGCAAGUACUUCGGCGCCGAAUUGAAGCAAUGAGAAUGAGUCAAAAUCCUCCAAUACAAGGUAGUAUACAAUUACCUACUCGUAUGCCUCAGAGGCAGACUCCUCCUAACGAUAUUCAAAAAACAAUUGUUCCUAUAACAAGUGUUCCUCCAAAUGUUUUAAUUCAACAACAAAUGCCAAAUCCAAAUGUUCAAUUCCCAAUAGAUAAAUCAAACGGAAUAAAUGCUAAUAUUGCUAUAAUGAACAACUCAAAUAAUAGGUUUUUUGGCCAGCCGGUUCAAACAAAUAUGCUCAAUCAGACAAGAAUUAAUCCGUGGCAACAACAACAGCAGCAUAGUCUAGGAGCACAAUUCAAUGGUUUUAAUGGAAUGCCAGUACAGACUAAUAUAAAUACAUCUGUUAAUCCAUCUCAAAAUCUUCAUUUAGAACAGUUUAGGAAUGUUAUGUGUGUAGGCAAUGGUGUAAAUAUGAAAUCAAAUCAAAUAUUUGACUAUAUACAAUCUCAUAAAGUGAGAAAUAAUAAUUUUAUGCCAAAUGUGAAUAAUCAAUCUUUGACUAAUCAAAAUAAUUUAAACCAAGUAUGGAACAUGCACAAUAAGCGCAUGCAACAAAACUUACAGCAGCAGCAGCAACAGCAACUUCAACAACGUAGAAUGCCAAUGAAUAUGAAUAUAAUGAAUUCAGGAUCUGUGUUUCCUCAACAGUCCAAUCCUCGCCUUUUAAGUAGACAAUUUUCACAGGAGAUGCUUCCUCCUGUAGGUGGUAUAAUAAAUAAUCAAUCUUCGCCUCAAAUGAUGGGUGGUCGAAUAACUCCUGGAUCUCAAAUGAUGUCUCCUCAAAGCAGUAUUAUGUCUCCGCCUUUACCUAUGAAACCAAAUCCUUCACCUCGACUAUGUAUGUCCCCGUCACAUUCAAUGCGUGUUCCUUCUCCUCAUUCUGUAAAUUCUCCUCAACACAUACCGUUUUCUCCUCAGCACCAGCAUCAGUCCUUAACUUCUCCUAUGCAUCAAAUCAUAUCUCCGGCACAAUCGAACUCUAUUGACUCAUUACAACCACCAACCUCUGUUCUUUCAGACAGAGGGGAUGGUAUGACACCCCAUAUGCAGAAUACCUCAGAUAUAAAUGGAGGAGAGAACGAUGUUGACGAUUUUCCUGACCCUCUUCUGAAAUUCGUUUCACAGCUCUGAUAUAUGAUAUUCUAUUCGAGUGCGUGCUUGACUGCCCAUAUUGUUGCUUUUGGUAGUAUAAAAAGACUCGAGUGAAGAUUAUUUAUUUUCAACUAUUUAUUACUAGCAACAGCUAUUAUUGCAAAACAAGAGUAAACAUGGUGUUGCUGUUUAAGAUUCUGCCCAUAAAUAUUUGUAACACCUCUUUAUAUAUUGGAAUUGCAUUUUUGAAUUGAUGGGCACUCAAGAGCCAAAUUUUAAUAUGUGCUAUUUUUAAAAUAUAUAUUAUUGAUUAACAAGCAAAGGAUUUGUCCCUUAGCUUUGUAGAAAGUUGAAUGAAUAAAUUUGUAUUAUAGACUGCUUAUGAAUGAUAGCUUCGUUUUGGUAAUAAUAAUAUUAUAUUUACUAUACUGGUGAAUUCAA